GAGUACAUUGUAAACGUAGACGUGUGCACGGAGUCAACAUAAGUUUUACUCGUUGACGGUACUCCGUACAUCGUGUGCAGCGUACGUAUAUACGCGGAUAUAUAAAAAUGCACUAGCACUCCUACUACGUAACACACUAGCUAAUUAAUACGCGUGGCACAUAAUGGCGAGCCGCAGCGGCACCGCAGUCCUGGCACUCCUCCUCGCCGCGGCAACGCUCUCCGCCGCCGCGUACCCGGCAGCCGACCCGUUCUGCCCGUGGGACAGCGGCAUCAAGUUCUCGGCGUGCGCCGCCGCGCUCGGGCUCGUGGGCGCGCAGGCCGGCUCGCAGCUGAUCGGCAGCACCAAGUGCUGCGAGCUCGUGUCCGGGCUCGCCGCGGCGGAGGCGGCCGCGUGCCUCUGCGUCUCGGCCAAGGAGAGCGUGCUCGGCGUCGUCUCCGCGGAGUGGAGCGUCGGCGUCGAGCUCCUCGCCAGCGCCUGCAGCAAGGAGCUUCCCGACGGGUUCAAGUGCGUGUGAUACCCGUACAGCUUGCUUGCUGCAAGCGCCGGCCCAUGUAUAAACGGUCAUCUGUUCGCCUCGUAAAAGAUUACAUUGUCCUUUGCUAGGCCCAAAGCGUAUGCAGACACAAUUGCAAUUGCAUGGACUGCGCAUGAAUCUACUUCAAUUCAAUUGUUUUGUUUCGCUUGAAGUCAUGUAGAAGAGACUUGUUGAUGUAAACUAUGGUUCGAAUCUGGAAAGGAGCUUUUGGUCAGAAGAAAAGUUUGUGGGUUU